AUGGAUUUGGAACAAACUGAUUCACCACAAGAAAAUAUUCGUUCGUCUUAUCCAACAUCUACACAAUCAACUGAUGAUGGUAAAAUUCCAGUAUCAGAGAUGGACGAGCCGCGGUGUAACACCGCCCCGCCCCGCCGACGGGGGCGGUGCGCAAACUUGACGGGGCGGGGCGGUGACGAUGCAUGACGAAAUUUCGCGGUUUCCCCACCUUUGUAUAACCUUCAUUUUUUAAAUAUACUCAGAUCUUUAGUGCCAUCGUUUAAAAAUUUUUAAAACUUUUUCACACAAAACUAAUUAGUAAAAAGAAGCUUGUUAGUGCAGCUCCAAAGGAGCUAAAAUGUGGAACCCACGUAUAUUUUCAAAAUUUUUUAUCCUGAUGCCUAAUUUUUAAAUUGUAAAAUACCUUUUUUUCGAAUACGUAUGAAAUAAUUGAUAUAUUAUAUAAAAAUUAGAGCCCUUUAUGCGCGGUUGCUGAGGUCUAUAAUGGUGGAUUGUCUGUAAUCAUGAGAUGUCUGUAAUGGGGGGGUAUGUCUGUAAUUGGGGCAUAUCUGUAAUGUUCUCUUUCCGAUUGCUAUGUGUCUGUAAUGGGAUGGGGAGAGGGGAGGGGGAGCCGCCAAACCUCAAACUUAAAACAUACACUUACUAUUUUCUUCGAAAAUAUAAGUGAGUUUCACAAAAUGAGUGAUUUUAUUAUAAUUGUUUUCCAUUUUCAUGUUUAUUUUUUUUCUAUUUUGAAAUGAUGUUUAUGCAUUUAAAAUAUGCCUUUUCAUCUCAUGAAAUAAAAUAGUCAUUAUCAAAGUUUAAGGAAAAAUUUGUCGAGAAACAGUUUUUGAAAACAUUUUCGACGGGGCGGGACGGGGCGGGACGGGGCGGUGACGAUGCGGAAUUUUAUCAACGGGCGGGAUGGGGCGGUGACGGCGCGGCUUUUUUGCUGGCUCGUCUAUCUCUGUUGUGAACUAAACGCAAAUGAAGGUCUUUGGUGCAAUCAAAAGGCAUUUGUUCGUUUACGUACAGAUCAAAGUUUUGAAAAAAUGAUAAAAUUAAUAGUGGAUUCUCGUAUACAUUUUAUCGAAUGAAAUAUUGCAUUAAAAUUAUUCCCACGGUUUUGGCGUUCCAUCGAAACAUAUUCUCAAGGUCAAACGCAUAUUGAUGUAUUAAAACUGUUUUUCAGUCAACUUUGCAAAACAUCAGUUCAAUCACAUCGUAGAAUAUGAAAUAAAAACAUAAACAAACCUUCCUGAACAUAUUCUUUUCUAUUUCAAUACAUUUAUUCAGCGUGUCUCCAUUCAUAUUGUAUAACCAAGCAUGAAGAGUGAUUAAUCUGUCCAUUAAAGAUCAUAAAAUAUCGAUUAAUAUCACAAAACUAUGUUCUUUCCAGGGAAGGUUUUCCAAAGACUUCUUGAAGAUCUUCUAGAAAUUUCGAAAGUAUGUCCAUUCGAUUUGUCAUCGGUUUUCACCUAUUUGAAUAGAUUAUUCACUCGGUUUGAAGAAGAAAUAGACAUUUUAUUCAAAGAUAACCUUCGCUUUUGUCCUAUGAUACUAGUACAAACGAUUUUUCUGAACAUAGAAAAGAGAAGAAAAAAAAAGCAAUGCGUAACUUUGUGACUGGUGCUAUGAUGAGUCGAAUGAGAUAAAAUAUAUGACUCUAUCACUUACGUAGAAAGACUAGAUAGGUUUACAAAAUCGACCUAUAUGUGAUGCACUCGACGCAAAUCGAAGCGCCAUCACAAAUAGAGUUUUGGAUCUGUAGUCGAUUUAACAACUUAUUUCCACUCAGUUUUUGAUGCUGAAUCUGAAAAAUUAUUUUCAGAAGCAAAAAAAGAAUAAAGUAGAAAGUUUUGUACGUUUCGAGAAAGGAUGUUUUUUUUCUCGAAAAACGACACCGUUCGAGUAUUUCGUAUUUUUCAACCGGAAGGAAGCAUUUGCUAAAGCAAAAAAGUAGAUUUUUGUAACCAACAGCUUAAUCUCUAUCCCAUGAUGUAAAAAAAUGCGAAAAAAAUUUUACUUGAAGUUCGAAUUACCUGCACCUUACUUUAUUGGACGAAGUUUCAUUCAAUUUUCUCAUUGUUCAACUGAGAGAAUUCAUAUCUGAAACAUAAUAUUAAAAAAAAAAACUAAUAAUCCUUUAAGAUUGAGUAUACAUUCAAUAAGAUGUGCAAGAAAACAUGUAUAACGAACAGACGUAAGGUGCCGGAAAUGCAAAAUUGGAGUGGAUUUUAUUUCUCGUUC